AUGACAUGGACAUACUUUCGUGAAACUCCUAUAAUGUCCACUUAUCUUGUGGCGAUUAUGCUGACCGAAUUUCCUAACACUUCUGUCAAAGAAAUAAACUUUAGAUAUCAUACAUUACAAUCGAAACUCAAUACAGAAUUCGCACAAAGUGUUAUUGAGAAUAUAACUUCAUAUUUCGAAUCUGAAUGGCUGUGUUUCCAAAAAUUUCCGAAAGUGGACCAUGUUGCAAUACCAAAUUUUCUACGCGAUGAAGUGGCGUAUUGGGGACUUAUUUUUUAUAGGGAAGCAGCUAUUACCUAUAAUAAAAAAUUAGAGUCUGUUGGACGUAAAGUAGAUGUGGCGCGUUUAAUAGCACAAAAAAUAGCAUAUCAAUGGUAUAGUAAUCUUAUUAGCCCUACUUGGUGGCUUCACGCAUGGCUGUUUGAAGGUCUCACUACAUUACUCGCAACAGAUGCUAUUAAUGAGAUAUAUCCAGAGUUCCGUAUAUGGGAUUUAUUUGUAGUUCAAAUUCAUCAAGAAUCUCUUCGUUUAGAUUCCAUUAUAAAACCUCUUACAUCAAAAAUCAAAAGUCCUUCUGAGAUCAAUUCGCUUUUCUCUUUUGCAUAUUAUAUAAAAGGACCUGCUAUAUUACGUAUGUUACAACGUGCAGUUUCCAAUGAAUUGUUUCAUAAAGCUAUGAGGAAGUUUCUAAAUCUGCACUCGAGAAAUGCCGAUAAAUUCUGGAUCACUUCGAAAGCUGCGAUAGAAACAUAUUAUCCGGAAAAGAGCACGGCACGUUCCGAUCAUUUUUGGACUACUCUGCAGCAUGUGCUAUAUUACUCUAAUCUAAAUUAUUCCCGGUUUGAUGUAACAGAGAUGAUAAAUCAUUGGAUUUAUUCGCCACAACAUUAUCCUGUGACAAAAACAAAUUCUGACUCAGCGAUGAUUUCAGUGGAAAAUUAUAGUACAUGGGAAGAAGAAUUGCCAUGGAUACCUGUGACAAAAAUUACAUGGCAACUCAAUUCUGAAAUAAUCCAAAAUUCUGAUAUUAUAUGGCUAAGGCCAACCCAUAAAGGCAUUAAACCGUAUGCUGAUCUUAUAUUAGAUUUCAAUUUUCAUUGGAUAAUAAUCAAUGUAGAACAAGCCGGGUAUUACCGAGUUAAUUAUGAAGUUGACAAUUGGCGAAACAUUGCAAAUUAUUUGCAUUACAUUAACAACUACGAAAAAAUACAUGUUCUUAAUCGUGCUCAAAUGAUCGAUGAUGCUUUUUAUUUUCUGAUAAGAGGACAACUUGAAUUGUCCGUAUUUUUUGAACUCUCGGAUUAUCUACAACGAGAAACAGAUUAUGUAGUAUGGUUUCCUAUGUUCAAAGCUCUUGAAUAUAUGUCGACCUUUUUUUUAUUUCCAGAAAGUCUAGAUUUCAAGAGUGGCAAACAUAAAGUCAUACUCACGUUUAAGCAUCAAUUCAAUAUAGCAUCAAUUCAAAAUAGUGCCUCUAAAUGCAGAAUUUCCUGCAGUGCUGCAAUAGAAGGUACACCGCAUGCUGCAUCAUUGGGUGACAGACUUCUAACCGCAAGUGGCUCGAAGGAGGAAGGAGGAGAACAAGACGCGGAAUGA